UUGGAGGUUUUCUUGAGCCGCAAAAAUAAGGAAAAACAGAGAAGUCUCUCUUCGCUUUCACUGGUUUAUAUAUUUAAUCAGCGUCAGGCGAAAUAUCCGCUGGUUGUUCGCUAGUUAUCGGGAAGGCGUCCGUCUCAGCAAAAACAACGCUGGUUCACAUGAGUCAAAGUGAGUUUAACCGAUGGAGAUCACUCCCAAAUCAGCCAAAUUCAAACCUGUGUGCUCUCCACAGUCCAGCCCCUGCGAGUAUAAAGAGCAAAAGCAUCAUCAGAAGCUGAGUGCCUCACUGAAGGAGAGGCUGAAGAGAUCAAGGCGCUCCUUCACCUCGCCCUCCUCUGUGGCCAAACGCCUUUGUGUUGAUGAGGAGGAGGAGGAUGGCCAACAAGUUUCAGCAGAGACAGUUAAUAACCCUCCACUGAUCAUUCCUAGCAUAGAUGUAAACAGAAAUGAGGCGAGAUCAGGGAGUGAGAGAUUUUCUGGACCCGUUCCCGAACCAGCACUUCUUCCCUCAAAAGACUUUACACAACAACUAGACCGACUGAGGAAGGAGGUUAAAGACAAGACGGAGACUCUCCGCAGACUCAAGAUGGUUCAAAUGUACAGAAGCAAGAAUGAUUUAACCCAGCUCCAAACCUUGAUUGACAAGUGGCGGAGUUGUGCUCAGUCUGCGCUGUACGAGCUCCAGUCAGACGUCCCCAUAGACGGAGGAAAGGCCAGCCUGUCGGGGCUUAUUGACCUCUUUGGUCUGGAGGAUGGGAUUCUGCACUUUGACCGUAGAGAGGAAGACUUCACUGCCUAAUAAAUAUGCUUUAAAACAAACACACACACAUAAUUUGUUGCAGAAUAAUAACUCCAGAUAAAUAUCCUGGGUUAACUAGUUGUUUUAUUUGUUGCUGCUAUACCAUUUUUGUUCACAGCUUAAGGUGUAAAUUUCAUGUUAAAAGAGAAAAGUAAAUAAAAUGGGGUUAUCUGUUGAAAAGACUUUGCUCAGUAGUGGUUCAACUGAUGAAGUAAAGGAAAGUUCUUCAUCCUCAGACGCUCAACUUCUGCCCAGAGGAAAGCCAGAUCCUCGGCCUGUGCUCUGGCAAGGUCCUCCAAGUUCCUCUUCUGAAGGAUUUCCUGGUAGCGCUCCUCUUUUAGAGCCGCCUGGUUUUCCUCUGCAUCUAAACAGCAAACACCAUCAGUCAGAAGAGGCUCUAAAAUCGCCCUUUGCUAUGUAUUUCAUUAGAGCUGGAAUUACUGUUUUAUUACCUAUAGCUUCACAGACGUGUCUCCUCUCUGCCACAGUCACCUGCACAUCUGGUAGCUGCUGUUCUACAGUCGUGUUCUUCUUCGCUUUCCUCGCUGCCUGCCUGUUCAGCUUUUCGAUCUUUUUUAUGCGAUGCUGCAGGCUCUGUUGAUGAGUCUGAAAAUAGAGAAUAAUAAUAUGUGUAUUAAAUUAACGUUCAGGUAUGGAAAGUACACAAUACGGAGCUGAUUACUGAGCUCAAAUAGUUACCUUUUCCUGGAAGGUUAUGGUUUUCUCCAGAAUGGAAACUUGUUUGGACACUCGACUGUCUCGAUCUGUCUUGUUGAGAUACUGGGAACAAAUGGGAAUGAUUGGCGUGUAUCAAGUGAGAACUUGGAAAAAUACAAUAUAGAUAAAUACAUGAAGUGUCUCAACAACCCUCGCUCCUGUGAUGAGAGAUCCCACAACAUUAAUGGCAAAAAUGCAUCAUCAUAAAAUGUUCUCAGGAUGCUUUUGUUUAUAUUUAAAGUUUUUCUCUCUCAUGUUUCGGGGCCUAAACAAUGACAGGAAGCUGUGUGCCACGCCUGAGCGGCGCUACCUGAGCCUUUUUCCAGAGGAAACUGGCAUUCAGGCCUGAAAACGUGUUUUGUGUGUGCCAUGCUCAUCGACUUGUUGAAAUUAAGAUGAUGGAUGACUCAUAUGAUCUUCAUGUUUUCUUUCAUUGCUCAACCACCACCUCCCUGUUGUUUUUUAUAUCACUAACUCAUGAAAUUCCUUGUGUUUUGUAAUGUGUGCUAAGGGGUUAAUGGAUUGCAACCAGGAGAAAAGUAUCCAGUGGUCUGUAUUUAAUUAAAAAUGCCCGUUCACGCCUCAGAUUGACAAUUGCUGCCAAAUAAAGCAGAGAAGCUUU